UUGGAAGCACGGGAGAGAUGGCUGCGAAGAGUUUUGCUUCCAGACUUAGAGGCUCCCGGCGAUUUCUGAGUGGUUUCCUGGCCGGGGCUGUAGUGGGCGCGGCAGGAGCAGGGCUGACGGCCCUGCAGUUUUUUCGGAGCCGGGGCGCUGGGGCAGCGUUGGCAGCGAGGGAGCCGGACGAUCUUUCCCUUCGUCCCCGAAGAAUUCACCAGGAAUCUGCAGAAAAGGCUGUAUUGGAACAAUUUGGAUUUCCUCUAACUGGAACAGAGACUAGGUGUUAUACUAAUCAUGCCUUGUCUUAUGAUCAGACAAAGCGGGUGCCUAGAUGGGUUCUCGAACAUAUAUCCAGAAAUAAGAUAAUGGGUGAUGCCGACAGAAAACAUUGUAAAUUCAAGCCCGAUCCCAACAUCCCUCCAGCCUUCAGUGCCUUCAAUGAGGACUAUGUUGGAAGCGGCUGGUCACGAGGACACAUGGCUCCAGCAGGAAAUAACAAAUUUUCUAGUAAAGCCAUGGCUGAAACCUUUUACCUUUCUAAUAUUGUGCCUCAGAAUUUUGAUAAUAAUUCUGGAUAUUGGAACAGAGUAGAAAUGUACUGUCGUGAACUGACAGAGAGGUUUGAAGAUGUUUGGGUGGUGUCUGGACCUUUAACCUUACCUCAGACUAGAAGUGAUGGGAAAAAAACAGUUAGUUACCAGGUGAUUGGUGAGGACAAUGUGGCAGUCCCCUCACACCUUUAUAAGGUGAUAUUGGCUCGAAGAAGCCCAGAGUCUACUGAACCGCUGGCACUGGGGGCCUUUGUGGUGCCCAAUGAAGCCAUUGGUUUCCAACCCCAGUUAACUGAAUUCCAAGUGAGCCUCCAGGACCUAGAGAAGUUGUCGGGACUGGUGUUUUUCCCUCGUUUGGAUAGAAGCAGUGAUAUCAGGAAUAUCUGUUCUGUGGACACCUGUAAGCUUCUGGAUUUCCAAGAGUUCACUCUGUACCUGAGCACAAGAAAGAUUGAAGGAGCCCGUUCAGUACUCAGACUGGAAAAGGUCAUGGAAAACUUGAAGAAUGCAGGAAUUGAACCAGAUGAUUACUUCAUGAGUCGCUAUGAGAAGAAGCUAAAAGAACUCAAAGCGAAGGAGCAGUCAGGAACCCAGACGGGAAAGCCAUCCUAGUUUUUAAUCUCAUAAGACGUGCUAAUCAGCUGAAAUGAGGCAGGCAUGCAUUCUUCAGGCUGAUGUAUUUCGUGGCUUUGCUUUAAAGAAAUGAUGGAAUCCUAAAUUUACAACUGAAAAUUCCUUUGAAGGAUGAAAAAUCUACAAUUUUUUUUUGUCAUUGUCUUUUUGACUUGUGAACUAAUUACUAAGAGCAUUGUCAUAUCUCCAGAUCAAGAACUGGUCUUGUGUCAUGUUAUUAGGACUGUGUCCACUAGUUAACACUGCAUUCAUGUCUCUGGAAGAACAGUGUGUGAAGGAAGGCAUUGUUUAUUUUUUGUAUCCAAAUCAUACAUUGUCUUUGAUAUAUCUGCUUUGCUAUCUUGGAACUCGGUAUUGUAUGUUGUCUUUCCCAAGGAUCUGAGUUGGUCUUAAAGAAGGCUUUUAGAAACCCUCUAUUAUCCUGUCCAAAUAUAUAAUUUUAUUGUUUCUUUUCUUAUGCCCCAUAUUUCUCCACCUCUGUCUUCUUUGUGCUAAGCUCAGUGUUUUACUUAUAUUGUGUCACAGUGAUCCUCUGGGGUAAACCCCACUACCCUCAUUUUAUGUCUGGGGAAAUUGAGGCUUACAGAGCUUCAUAUCUUACCCUGUUUUCACCUUUCCAGAGAUAUCACCCCACAGAGCUAAGUGAAGACUGGUGGAUUUAGGUCUUCCUAACAUGAAGAUUUUUUGACUAAAAAAAUGCAUUGCCCACUCCCAUGGAUAUUUGUCCUAAAGCCUGCUUGGUAAGAAGGGUCUAGUUUUCGUAUGCUACAUGAGCCAAAGGGACUUUAAUAUCCUCUAAUGUGAAUAGUCCUUAGCUCUUUGGAACAGAAAAAGUAGGUAUUUGAAAGCUCUUACUUGCUCCAGACAUGCCAUUCUUUUCUCCUAGUGCUCAGGUGGAGCUAGGUCCAUGUGUUCCUUGCUUCCCAGGUGAGCUUUUGUUCUCAAGACUAAGGGACCUAACAAGAGUGUGUGCUGAGUCACCAGUGCAGGACUGGCUGCCUCUGCACCUGCUUGUCUAGACCUGAGCGGCACAGGGCAGGUGGAGCUUGGGGCCAAAGCUCCAAAGACAGUUACCCCUGGAGGGAAGGGUGGCUGUUACUCUGAGUCAGAUCUCUAGAUUUGGGUUUACCCAGCAUCCUUUUAUGGGCUAUCAUAAGUUAUAGACAGUAACAUAUCUUGAGGGAACAAGAACUUAUCUGUCAUACUGCUGAUGCCUUUCCAAGUAGUAUUAGAACAAUAUUUUGGUGUUUUGUGUUUGUCUCUAAUAGAAAUGCCAAGGCUUUAAGAUAAAGAUAAGAAGAUAAUGAGCGGCCUUGUUCUGUUCCUUUAUUUGAGUAAAAAGGAAAAGUUGGGGGGUAGAACACAGUAGCCUGAUUGAUUCCAUUUUGUUUUAUCACACUGUUCCCCAUUAGCUUGUGCCAGUCCUUUUCUUAGGGAUAUAUAGCCAAAAUGUCACUGUGACCAAAAAAUUCUGCUACUUUCUUUCCUCAGUGAAGAGGUGAUGGUGGGGCCUGGAUGUUUCUCCAGGAGCCCAAGGGGCAGUUCUGUGGGAUAAGUCCUGGCUACCUGUUGUGAUUCUUUGCAGUUGAGCCCGACUCCCUUUCCCCAUCACUGUGCCUUGCUCUGUGCUGCCCUGACCUUCAGCAGCCUUGGAGUUACCUCCUGUGCUCCUCUUGGGAUA